AGACGCUCGACAUCAUAAUCAGUUUGCGUCCAACAUGUGCUAGUGACAGCACACAAGCAUAUGAGAAAGACAAACUGGACAUUUUUGCUCAGAGAUAAAUUAUGUGAACGCGCUGUUCAAAAUGUUCGUGAUAAACACACAGGUGAUCACCGGCGGCAAGAUGGACCUUUUCCACGGUCACAUCAACUCGACCACCAAGCCGAGUCCGUCAGGCAACUCGGAAGGACUGGCCGCCCUUUUGCUGCCGGCGUGCGCCACUCUGAUGCUGGCCGCCCUCGCUCUCUUGCUGGCCAUGUCGGAGCGGUGGCCGCGGGCCGUGGCCACCGCCAUGAUGGCCGCCUUUCUUUUGCUCACCGCCUUCAUCCUCGCCUACGGCCUGCAGGACGAACCGCCCAUCACGUUUGCUUGAGACUGCUGAAGAAACCGAUGAACAAUUUUGACUAAAAGCGCAAAAGUUAUUUAUGCGGAACUUCUUUCAGAUGAUUUUCUUAACAAUUACACUCACUGUGUAUUAAUUUUUUUUAAUUACAAUGAUCGACGAAGAAUUUUAAUUUUAAUAAAUGAAGUGUAUUAAGUGAAAUGAAAAAUAAAAUAUUAAAACGUACAAGUUGUUAAAAAAAAUUGACCUUCAAUAUUCAUCAUCAUGCUCGUUUUAAAUUCAUUCUUAAUGCGUGUUAAUUUCACUUUAAAAAUUUAAUUAAAUCAAAGGGCUUUUAAGUGCUUUGCUGCUCUUAAAAAACUGGUCCUCGUUAAGACAAGCAGCAUUUAAAAAAAAAAAUACUAAUAAUAUGCAAGCCACAGCCCCCUCUCUGUCUUGAGAAAAUGUGUAUUAAUAAAAUGCUGGACAGAGGGUCACAUGAUUGUAAUAUGCAUGCCAUUUUCAAGUAAAAUUUAACACACAAGUUUUUUUUCAAGCAGCCUAACCCACUAUCCCAAAGAAGAUCUCUCACUCACACGUUCUCCUCAGGAACAGAAUAUCUGUGGAGCACGUGACGGCCAAGGUGAUUUCACCUGUGCAUAGCUGUGGUGCUUUCAGUCAAGUGCGCGAGCCUGUUUGGAAUUGAAAAAUCGUGUGUGACGGUGGAUUAAAGGAGCUUACACGGUUAGUGAAUGCCAAUCGCAGCCGCGAAGAAAAAACCCCGAAAAAAAUGUAUAUUGGGCGAGCGUCUCUAUAAAGUUUGUCUUCAGCCUUGACAGUGUGCGCCAAAGAUCGGGAGAGACCGGCUGCGAGUGCAACUCGAUCGCCUCAAGAUAUUAAACACUCGUUUCUGGAAAAGAGUAACGGAUUAUUUUCCCUCUGCCUAAAACUAAAAGCUCGUAAUGAGGCAACGAGCCGUGAGAGCCGCGUGGCGCUUCGCGUUCGGCAUGUGCCUCUUCCUGGCCUCGUCGACGGUCAAUUCGGCGACCACCCGUCCGCCGCCGCACGCCAAACCUCUGCACACGACGAAAUUGGCGCCGAUAACGCCAAACGCCACAGUCGCGCCCAUCAUCAGGGACAACUGCACCCCGCCGGCGAUCGAGCAGUUUCCGCGGCCCAUGAUGAGUCCCGAGACGCGGCGCUCCGGCGGCCUCAUCAUCCACGUGCUCGUCGCCAUCUACACCUUUGUUGGACUGGCCAUUGUCUGUGACGACUACUUUGUGGCCUCCCUUGACAGAAUUUGCGAAGAGUUGAAACUUUCACCCGAUGUGGCUGGAGCGACGUUCAUGGCAGCGGGGUCCUCUGCACCGGAAUUGGCGACCGUCAUAAUCGGCGUUUUUUUCGCAAAGGACGACAUCGGAGUGAGCGGCGUGAUAGGCUCGGCCGUGUUUAACAUAAUGUUCGUGAUCAGCGUGUGCGCCUUGUGCUCCGGCACGGUUUCCUACCUCAAUUGGUGGCCUCUGGUCAGGGACUGCUUUUUCUACAUGGUCAGCAUUUUGGUCAUGCUGCUCACCAUUUACGACGAGACCAUCACUUGGAGUGAAUCUCUGUUCAUGCUCUUUAUGUAUGGCGUGUACUGCGUGGCUCUGAGAUUCAACAAACAAUUGGAGCAGUGGGCACAGACCCUUCCCAUUCCCUGCAAGUCCGAAGUGGCCCAUCAGGGACCUCCAAAGGUUCUUGGUGAGUCAUCCGGCCUGGCGGAAGGUCAGCGACCAAACAGUUACACCGAGGAAAAGGAAACAGAAUUUGGAAACACGGAGCAGCAGCUCGAGGGUGCCGAAGGACAGCCCGAAUACUACCACAAGGCGCCUCGACCUGAAAUGGAGGAGACGGACCCUUUUGUCAUUCCCGAAGGAACGGUCAACCGCUGCCUUUGGGCGAUCACGCUGCCCAUCCACGCCCUGUGCAAAGCGACCACCCCUGACUGCAGGAAGGAGAAGCACAGGGACAAAUACGCCGUCACCUUUUUUAUGUCCAUGGUGUGGAUCUCGUUUUUCUCGUACAUCAUGGUUUGGAUGAUCACUGUAAUAGGAAGUACUUUGGGCAUUCCUGACACAGUCAUGGGCCUGACCUUUGUGGCAGCUGGAGUCAGCGUGCCGGAUGCACUUUCCAGCUUGGCCGUUGUUAAAGAAGGUUAUGGUGACAUGGCUGUUUCCAACGCUGUGGGCAGCAACGUGUUUGACAUUUUGAUCUGCCUGGGGCUACCCUGGUUUUUGCAAACUGCCAUUAUCAGCCCCGGCAGCACGGUUACGGUAAUAAGCAAAGGUUUGACGUACUCGACCCUGUCUCUUUUGUCCACGGUGGCCUUCCUGAUAAUCGCGACGCACAUGAACGGCUGGAAGUUGGACCGCAAGUACGGCUGGAUCCUAAUGGCGUGGUACCUGUUCUUCAUCAUAUUCGCCAGUCUGUACGAGCUCAACGUCUUCGGCUACAUGAACCCCCCGGAAUGUCCAAGCAUCUACUAAGGGGCUCAUCAUAUCAGCAAAGUCACGUCAUAAUCAAUCGCCGUAUUUAUAUAAAACAUUGCUUAUACACGUUGCAAAACUGCCGGAAAGAGUGAAAGAGAUGUGGAAAUUUCCAUAAAAGUUUUGAAAAGAGGAAUUUGGGUUGGAUGAAUUUAUAUUAACCACAGAUUUUUUUAGGAAAAAAUUAUUUAAGAAACGUAAAAGCGUAACUGUGAUUUUUUGAAAGAGGAUGAGAGGAAAAUUGUUAAAAAAAAGUUGGACGAGGAAUUUACACUAAAAAGCAGGUCUUUGAUUGAACUGCCUGGCGCAGGCUUUAUAUUGACUGGUUUAUUUUUAUUAUUUUUUCUGAUCCCAACAAAUUGGCGGCAAAAACGUGUAUACAAUGCACCCUUGACAUGUUUAUCCAACGACUGUUGAUUAUAUUACUCCCUGUUCGGAGCCGUGUUGGUGUUCAGAUAUGUUCAGCACACAAAAGUGUCAAAAGUGUCUCGGUGGUUGUACAAAAUUGUUAACAAAAAAUGAAAAAAACUGCUGUUAAAUGUGAGUAAAAGGGAGAGCAACGAAAAUUGUAUGAUUUCUUUAAGGUUAUGCAACCGGUGUUGCCGAUGUGUUCGGCGAGUUGCGUAAGUUUCUUUUUUUAAUUAAUUGUGUAAAUUUAUUAUUCUAGUCUAUGAAUGACAUUAAAGAACUUAAAUCUGUCUAAAAAAAAUCAGCUCUGAAAAUUUCCUCGUUCACUGUCCUCUUGUACUAAAAUGUAUUGUAUUUGGAGAAAGUAUACAUUUUGUUUUGCUGGAAUUUAAAUAGCAAAAAUAACCCACUAAAAACAUUUUAUCGGCAUGUAUUUGGGCCAUAUAUAAUAUUAUACAUUUACAACUGUUUGUAUAUGAUGUUAUAAGCGUUUAUGUGAUCAGAAGCAGACACGUUUCAGUGGAUAAUUGUAAAAAUUGUCUUGGAGGGAAAGAAUUGAUUUCAAUUAAUCAAACACAGCAAACACGGUACUUUUAAAACAUGUUCAAUCCAUCGCGUCCGGCGAAACAAUUCUGAUGCAAAAGAUAAAUAAGCGUAUUGUGAUUCCUUAAAACGUACAUUCCAUAUUUUUUAAAGUGUUCCAACGUGGCAAAUUUAUUCCCUUCACUCAAAUGAACAUCAUUCUGAACAUAAAAUUAAAAAAUUGACAAUAUUUUACUGUAGAUUGAGUUUAUUGAUUAUACUUUUAUCUCAAUCAUUAAUGUAUGGUUGACAAAAAUUGGAUGAAUAUUCUAGAUUAAUUAUACAAUAGGUAUUGCAGAACUUAUAUACAAAUUAUUAAUUAGUGCAUCUUUAUCAAUUUUGAUUGAAUUGCGGAUUGAAACGCGUGACAAUAAUUAAAAGAGCCUUAUACAUACACAUUACUGUAUAUUAUACAAGAUUAACAUUACUAUAUAUGUAGAGAAAAUAAUUUAAUUUAAUUUUAGCCCCUAGAAAUGAAAUUUACAAUUAAAACCACUAGAAUUCAAUUAAAAUGCAAUGGUGCAAUUAAAAUACAAACUAUUUAAGGUAAAAAGGAGCUAAAUACAUUUAAACUAUAAGAUUAACAUGAAAAAAUUUAAAAAUCAAAUGGCUCCUUUUUAUCAAAAGAUCAAUUCAAACCAUUUUAGGCAACAUAGAUCGAAUUCAAUUAGAAAAGUCAAAUUAACUGAAAAAGCGUUGGUGUGUUACUAAAAUUAAAUCUCUUUUCAUUAAAAAAAAAUAACACAUAUUAAUGGUACUUAAAUAAAUAUAGCCGUAAACGUGUUUUAUAGGGAUAAAACAAAAAGAAAAUCAGGAAGCUUAUGAGGAGUAUGUUAAUAUUCACAAUCGGUAUGAAUGAAUUCAAAUCAUAAUGUGUAAUAAUAUUUGAAUAUUAUGGUAAUAAAUAUACCGUUUAAUUCGUGAGUGUAAGUUACAUAAAAAGCAAAAAGCUUAUAAAAGCGUUUGGCUGUUCAGUACAGAGGAAAACAAUUAACUUGUUUUAGGAAAGACACAAACACACAUCAACUACAUACAAACUCGUGAGUUUUAAGAGAAUAAUAUUAUAGUUAGUCUGGUUAUAAGACGAAUGUAGAUGUUACUGACAAAUUAACAAAACCCAAUUAUUAAAUAAUGUAAAAUGCAUAAGUAUGGGAUUGAAUGUAAAAUCAGCAUGUAAAUAUAAUACAUUCCAGUUGGUUAUAAACUGAGAGAAUGAUGUAUAUUUUAAGUGCAAAUUAAUUAUUAAGAUGUUAAUUCGAUUGUACUGAUAUAGUUGCAAAAAAGCUUUGCAAUCUAAGGCUAUUUAAUGUACCAAAAAUUAAGAGAACGUUUCAUUUUUGGUAAAAUUAUUAUUUGGAUAAUGCUCUUGUAGAAAAGACAAUUGUACUACUCAGUAAAAUGUCAUCAUCAAUCAAUUUAUUCUAUCAGUUGAAUCACUGUUAAAUACCGAUAUAUUAAGAAAUUAUUAUUAAUAUCAAAAUGUAAUAACUGCCAAGAUACAUAGGAAAACGAGGGAAAACCAGUAAUUAGCUACUGAUACUGUAUAAAACCGUAGAAUAUACUCAAAGUUGUUGAAACGUAAUCAAAAAUAUAUACUGUGUACUUAUCGGACCGACAAAAAAAUGCAAUUGUGUCUCUCACAAUUAACCCAAAUAAAAUUA